AUGGCCGACCUGCAGGAGCUCUUUGCCCGUCUCAACGGCGGUUCUGGCAACCAGCAACAGCACGGCCACCAGCAACCCUCCGUAUCCUCACCUCUCUUCUCCCCAUCACCGAGUGGAGCACAACCUCAUCACCAGAGCGCCAUCAUGUCGCCGAACACAUCUGUCGCGAAUACGCCAGCGCCCGAACACGGCUCCAUCUCUCAACAGACGCCUCAGCAACAGUCUGCAAACUUGCUCAAUCUCUUGCGCUUCAAUUCGCAGUCUGGCGCUGGACAGCCAAGACGUGUGUCACAAAACGCACAGGUCUCCGAGGGUCCCUCAGCUCACAGUCGCACCGUCUCAGCCUCGGAUCUUGUGGCAAAUCUCACGGGCAAUAGGACUCCCUCACAGGGUCCUAGCUCAGCGGCUUCCGCCUCUGCGCAGCCUAUGCUUCCCACUGUAUCAUCGGUGAAUCCCCAAGACCUUCUUCUCCGCCUGCUGAACCACCCGAAGCCGGCUCAGUCUGACGGUCGCUCAUCUCGCGCUUCUGCAGCUGCCUUUUCUCCGCCAGUCACUUCCAUCAAGCCUGAAACGGCUGUGGAUGACCUCGCGCAGGAUCUUGCCGACGCUGAACUAGAGAAGGUCUCGUCCGACCCAGCUGCCAGCGCAGCCGCACCCUCUGCGUCACCCAUGAGGGUCUUCGGCUCGGAUGGCUCAGGAUCUUCUUCGGGUUUCCAGCCAGCAACGACCACUCUUCCUCCUAAAUUCACGUACGUGAACCCCUUCGACCAGCUCGAAGCUGCUAGCCCGCGCAACCGUACUCCAGCUCCGGAAUCAUUGAAAUCUCCCGCCCCGAAGGUGGAAAUCCUCAAGUCAAAGCAUACAUUCGAGGCAUCGCCAGCGGCUCCCAAUAGCAUCAGAGAGUACGUCGCAACUCCACCACCCGAAACUGUGGCCGAGGCUGUGAGCGACCUGGGAGAACAGGUCGGUCAGCAGAUCGAAGUGGCGCUUGCUGAGGCCGAGGGCAAAUCGACUGCUCAGUUGGCUGAGGAGCUUGACAACAUGCCAGCGGAAGACAUCGCAGAUAUACAAGAGGCCAUGGUGGACAUGGCCACUGAGAUCAAGGAAGAAUUUGCUGAUGCUAGCAAGGCUAAGGAGAUAGAGGCGACUCUGCCGAAGCCCCUCGCCGCCGCCUUGAAGGAGGUCGCUACUGAGGUUGCUGAAGGCAAUGUCGCCGAGGACUGGGAAACGGCCGAGGCUGAGGAGAGCCAAGCAAAGGGCGAGGACCAGACGGUAACAGUCUACAGGUUCCCCAUGCGUGCAUUUGCUUCUAUCGCUGUCAAUCAGAUGCCUCCUCGACGUCUCUACUUCCGAUCUGAGCUGUUCAUGGACAUUGCCAGAUUGAAGAAAGAUUUCGAUCAGAUCGAUCGCUCUCUUGUUUCCGCCAGCAAGAACUUCAUCGUCUAUGCCCUCGUCAAGAAGGGUGGUUUCCGUAUCAUCCGCCAAGAGAACGGUCACUAUCGACAGGUGUUCGAGAACCAUCAGGAACGUAUUUUCAACAUUGCACUCUGCAGCGCUGGAGACGACUCACAGCAGUCCCUGGAGAGCAUCCUUGGUAUUGGAAUUAAUGGCACCGUCUUCUGGACCUCCCUUGACUCUGCCCGCGAGGAUCAAUUUGGCGAGAACCUCGACUCACAAGGUCUGAUGCUUCCACCAUCGCCCUCUCAAGAUGAUAACACAUCUGGUGGCCAGCUGAAGACACGCGCUAAGCCAUCUUCGCGCCAUCCCGAGUUCUUCGCCGUCGGCAGAGGCAAAUCUAUCCACAUUAUCUUCCCGAGAGUUGCCGCAGAGUACGCUCGCUCAAAGAGCCGCAUCUGCCACACGGAGAAGUAUCUCAAAGAGCGCUCUCUCAAGAUCCUUACUGGCAAGGCCGGCAAGGACUUUACAUUCAGUGAGGACGACACUAUCAUCGUCUCACUGGACAAAGCAGGACGCAUGCGCUUCUGGGACAUACGCACUCUGACAGAGCCUGAGCUGGGUAACCCACGUGCCCCGCCCCGCCAGGUCGAAGUCUCUGAAACUCUACUUGAAUUCCACACCACCACGCCGAACGCCAAGUCCUGGCCUACUUCGGUAUUCUUUUUCGACAAAGAUAAGCCAUAUGCUAAGGGCAUUGCGCUGCGAUAUGUCAUGGUCGGCAUGAAGCAAAACCAUGCCUUCCAGCUCUGGGAUCUUGGUCUCGGCAAGGCCGUGCAGGAGAUACACCUACCACAUGAGAACGAGUCCGACGCUAUCUGCAGCGUUUCCUUCCAUCCUAGGACUGGCAUAAUGGCCGUUGCUCAUCCUACGAGGAACUCAGUCUUCUUUGUUCACGUUUCCUGCCCCAGGUACAAUUUGCCUGUUUUGAGCCAAGCGACAUACAUUUCCCGUCUUGCGAACAAGAGCGAGAAGAACCAGCACCCGUUGCCUCCAGUCAAUGCUACCGCCAUCAUGACAAGCAUCACCGAGUACUCUUUUGCUUCAAAGGGCCAAAUCAGGAGCCUCUACAUGCUCAAUGAGCCCGCUGGCCCGUCUGAUGUUGACGACCCAGACAACGCGGCUCUAUUUGAGUUGUACGUCAUGCACUCAAAGGGGGUUUGCGUUUUGCGAAUCCGACGUAGCGACCUGGGCUGGAAGAAGGAGGGCGAACCAAUCCAUCCAAAGGAGGCUGUAGAGGAAGGUGUCAUUACCAUCACACAGCUUAAGCCGCCUCAGCCUGUUACAGACGAGUCUUCGACUGCUGGCGAUACACCUGCACCAAAGUCGGUUUCUGACCGAUCUGUUCGGGAAAUCGUGAAGAAGGAAAGCAGCCAUGUUUCGAAACAGUCCAUGACACCAGAGGCUGCCAUGCGUGCUUCCACGCUUGCUAAGGUUGAGAGUAAGCAAGACGCUGCUCGUGUAGCAAUGAUCAACGGUGGUGGCGAAAAGUCGGAAAAGAAAAAGAAGAAGCGCUCGACUGCGGAGACAGCAUCUCAGGUGUCAGCGUCAGCAUCUACGUCUACUCGUGCGCCUCCGUCGUACGCGCAGGCUGCUCAAGCUACUCCCCAGUCAAAGUCGCCCGUUCCUCCGGAGCCGACUGUCGUACCAGAAUCAUCUAAACCGUCCAAGUCAUCGUCGGACAACGAAGCCCCCGAGUGGGCUAAGACCUUCAUUAGCAAGCAUUUCCAACAGGCAGAUGCACCUUCUGGGCCGGUUCCGGCUGCCGCGAUUGAUGCCAAGCAGCUCGAAGAAGUUGUGCAAGCCGAGAUCACCAAGGGCUUUUCUCGUGAGCUGGAUGUUAUGUACAAGCGAUUCGAUGAAGACAAACGCGUGAUGAACGCCGCCAACGGUGCUAAGCAAGAGGCCAUCCUGCGACUUGUUUCCAGCACAUUGACUGAGAAUGUCGAAGGCGUGAUUAGGAAAAUGGUUGAUGAGAACAUUCGCAAUGUCCUGCUUCCCGAGGUUCUGGCACAGACCUCCUCCACGCUCGAGCAGAGUAUUAGCAGCAACCUCAAGUCUGCACUGGGUCCCCAGCUAUCCAAGGAGAUUCCCGAUGCAGUCUCACGCGCUCUAAAGAGUCCCCAGAUCUUCCAGUCACUCUCUGAACAAGUCGCCAAGAAGCUCACCGGAUCCCUUGAGCCUAUGGUGGUUGCCUCUGUGGGCUCAGUCGUAAAUCCUGCUAUUUCGAAUCUGUCGAAUAUUAUCGAGCAGCAAAUUGGAGGACAGCUUCGUCAAGCGCAUGCAGCGCGCCGUGAAGAUGCUGCUAAGAUUGCACAACUUACCGACACCGUCCAUACUUGCUUAGAGACCAUUCAGUCAAUGGUCGCGACUCAGGCUGAGCUCCAAUCCCAAGUUACGAAGCUUCAGCAAUCAAUUGCUCAGCCUCCAGCUCAGCUACCCACUCGUUCCUCACCUCAAGUCACACGUUCGCCUGCUAAGCAGAAGUCACCUGAGGAGCUCGAGACGGAAGCCAUCACUCGGCUCAUGGCCGACGGCAACUAUGAACAGGGUACCAUGCAAUGGUUACAAUCCAGUCGUACCAGCGAGCUUUUCGACAGCGUCUUCGUCCAUUGCAACCCAGCCUACCUCAGCCAGGUAAGCCCACUACUCGCCUUGUCGACUGGCGCAGUUGUUUCGGAUGCUUUGGAACGCAACCUGCCUGAGCGUCUAGUGUGGCUUGAUGCUGUACUCAGGAGUGUCAACCCUAAUGAUGCCGAGAUUCGAGACAUCGUCCCUAAGAUCAUGGAUGUCGUAUGCCAGCGCCUGACUACUGCGUACAUCCAGCUCAACGAAAACACUCCUGGUAGCCAACUUCUCCGUCGCAUCUCGGGUUUGGUCAACAAGUGUAACGAAAUGACUCGCGCUGCAGCACCCUUUGGUCCUCGUGGCUGA